AAUUUUCCAGAAAGAGCGAGGUGGUAAAGUCACAUUCAUAGCAAACGAUCCAGAAACUGAAAAUUUAAAAUAUUGCACAGUAUAAAGCAUUUAAUUUAUUGCUCUAAAAAUUUCUAAAGAACUCCUUCUCCAAAAUGACCGAUGUCAAGUCAUUUUUCCACGAGUGGUGUAACAAGAACAAAACUGAUCCGCAGUACAGCGUCAGAGCCACCGGUCCCAAGCAUAGACAACGUUUUCUUUGCGAGGUGCGCAUUAAUGGUUUGCCAUAUGUGGCCGUCGGAAACUCGACCAAUAAAAAAGAUGCUGAACGCAAUGCAUCAAGGGAUUUCAUUAAUUUUCUUGUACGUAGUGGUAAAGUAAAUCCCAAUGAUAUACCGGCAGAUGCUGGUAUAGCAGCGGCUCCGUCUGCCGAUGCAAUGGGAGGUGGUGGGGGUGGUGGUGGCGGUGGUGGAGGAAUGAUGAACAAUCAACGCCGUGUUUUUGAUCAAAAUUUCGGCCCUCAAGAACUUGGUCAGGCUUAUAGGCCUAUUGACAAUCGACGCGAUUACAACCCCAUAGAUCGUGCCCAGGAACAAUUGGACAUGAAAGAGGCCGAGUCAAUCGAUGUGAAUGCAGCAAUACACGGUAACUGGACUAUAGAAAAUGCCAAAGCGAAAUUACAUCAGUUCAUGCAAAUGAAUAAGAUAACGGCUGAUUAUAAGUAUACACCAGUGGGCCCUGAGCAUGCAAGGAGCUUUAUGGCGGAAAUGCACAUCUUUGUCAAACAAUUGAAGCGUACAAUUACUGCUCGUGAAACUGGCUCAAACAAGCAAUCUGCCAGUAAGUCUUGUGCCCUUUCUUUGGUGCGUCAAUUGUACCAUUUGGGUGUGAUUGAGGCAUUUUCGGGAACUCUGAAACAAAGAAAAGAUGACGAAGAGUUGGCACCCUAUCAGGUGAAUGUGGACCCAGAAUUGGUGCGCAAAGUCGAGGAAGUGGUACAUGAAUUGGAUUUGCCUCAGGUUAAUGUGCAUAAUAUAAAACCUGAUCCGGAAACCAAUGUCAUCAAUCUACUCUACAACACCAACAAGGAUGUUACACGUCAAAGACCAGAUAAUCAACAAAUGGUUGCUUCCAUUGUCCCUUGGGCUCCUCCACAGCCCAAUUGGAAUUGCUGGAAUGCAUGUAACAUUGAUGAGGGCUAUUUAGCAACCGCCUCUCUAGAUGAUCUUUGUAAUGACCUUGAAAGUUCCGCCAAGGAUAAACGACAAUUCAAUACGGAGUAUCAAAAAUUUCUGGAAUUCCGCCAAAAGCUGCCUAUUGCAGCUAUGCGCAACGAAAUCAUGGAUGCCAUCAAUGAGAACUCGGUGGUCAUUAUUCGUGGUAACACAGGUUGCGGCAAAACUACUCAAAUAGCCCAGUAUAUUUUAGAGGAUUAUGUUUCCUCGGGUCAGGGAGCCUAUUGUAAUAUCUAUGUUACCCAACCACGUCGUAUCUCCGCCAUAUCUGUGGCUGAGCGUGUGGCCAAUGAGUCUUGUGAAAGUUUGGGUGAAUCAGUAGGCUAUUCAGUGCGCUUCGAGUCUGUUUUCCCCAGAGCUUAUGGUGCUAUUUUAUUCUGUACCGUGGGUGUGUUAUUGCGUAAACUGGAAGCCGGCUUGAGGGGCAUUUCUCACAUCAUAGUGGAUGAAAUUCAUGAACGUGAUGUUAACAGUGAUUUUCUAUUGAUCAUUUUGCGCGAUAUGGUCCAUACCUAUCCUGACUUGCGCAUCAUUCUUAUGUCUGCCACUAUUGAUACCACCUUAUUCUCUGAAUACUUUGGCAAAUGUCCGGUCCUCGAGGUACCAGGUCGUGCUUAUCCUGUUCAGCAGUUCUUCCUAGAAGAUUGCGUCGAAAUGACCAAGUUCGUACCACCUCCAGACUCAAGAAAGCGCAACAAGGAUAAAGACGAUGAGGAGAAUGCCAUAUUGAAGGAGAAUGGUGAAGAUGCUUCGGAUCAAAAUCUCAAUAAAACUAUUGACAAUUCGUACACACAACAAACCAGAAAUGCCAUGGCUGCACUUUCGGAGUCCGAAUGCUCGUUCGAAUUGAUAGAGACAUUGUUGGGUCACAUUAAGUCCAAGAAUAUUCCCGGAGCUAUAUUGGUUUUCUUGCCGGGCUGGAAUUUAAUCUUCGCUCUAAUGAAAUAUUUGCAAAAUUCCAAUCAAUUUGGUGGGCCACAAUAUCGUAUCUUGCCUUGUCACUCGCAGAUUCCACGAGAGGAUCAGCGUAAAGUGUUUGAGCCAGUUCCGGAUGGUGUUACAAAGAUUAUUUUGUCCACCAACAUUGCUGAAACCUCCAUUACUAUCGACGACAUUGUGUUUGUCAUAGAUUUGUGCAAGGCCCGCAUGAAAAUGUUCACCUCCCAUAACAAUUUGACGAGCUACGCCACAGUUUGGGCCAGUCGUACCAAUUUGGAGCAACGUAAAGGUCGUGCUGGACGUGUUCGUCCCGGUUUUUGCUUCACUCUGUGCUCUAAGGCUCGUUACCAAGCCUUGGAGGAAUACUUGACACCUGAAAUGUUCCGAACCCCUCUGCAUGAAAUGGCUUUGACUAUUAAACUGUUACGUUUGGGUUCUAUACAUCAGUUUUUGUCGAAAGCCCUAGAACCACCACCUUUGGAUGCUGUUAUUGAGGCAGAAGUUCUUCUGCGUGACAUGCGCUGUUUGGACAACAAUGAUGAGUUGACACCUUUGGGCCGCAUUUUGGCCAGGUUGCCCAUUGAACCGAAAUUGGGUAAAAUGAUGGUACUCAGUACUGUUUUUGGCUGUGCCGAUAUCACAGCAACAAUGGCCUCAUACUCGAGUACAUUCUCGGAAAUCUUUGCCUUGGAGUUGGGUCAAAGACGUUUGCAAAAUCAUCAGAAAUCCCUGGGUGGUACCAAAUGCUCCGAUCAUGUUGCCAUGAUUGUGGCCAAACAAAUGUGGGAGAAUGCCCGUCGCAAGGGCGAUGACGAGGAAGUGCGUUUCUGUGAGUGGAAAGGUUUACAACUAUCCACCAUGAGAGUGCUGGCUGAGGCUAAAAAUCAACUUUUGGAUUUGUUGCAACAGGCCGGCUUUCCCGAAGAAUGCAUGAUUAGCUCCCAUGUCAAUGCCAACUCAGACGAUCCCGUUUUGGAUAUAGCCAUUGGAAUGUUAUGCCUUGGUUUGUAUCCAAACAUAUGCUACCACAAGGAAAAACGUAAAGUCCUCACAACUGAGUCAAAAGCGGCCUUGAUACACAAGACCUCGGUUUGCUGUAGUAAUUUAGCUGUAACAUUCCCAUAUCCCUUCUUCAUUUUUGGAGAGAAAAUCCGCACUCGUGCUGUAUCGUGCAAACAGAUGACCAUGGUAUCGCCAUUGCACCUUUUACUAUUUGGUAGCCGCAAAAUCGAUUUGGUUAAAGAUAACAUUAUACGUGUGGAUAAUUGGCUUAACUUCGAAAUGGAUUCUCAUUUGGCUUCAUUGUUGGCCGCCCUUAAACCAGCCAUUGAAGAUCUAGUUACCAAGGCAUGUGAUGAUCCUGCAGAGAUUCUCAAUAUGAGUGAGUCCGAAGGUAAAUUGGUGCAGGUUAUCAAGGACCUGUCGGUGAUGACUGCAGGCGACUAUCAAAUACAAAGAGAAAAGGGUAUUAUGCCAUUCCAAAGUCGUGGACCACCUGGAGGUGGUGAUGGUGGUCCCAGUAAGCGAGGCAGAUUUGAUGGUGGCGGCGGUUUCGGAGGCGGUGGUUUCGGUGGUGGUGGUUUCGGAGGAGGUCGUGGAGGUGGUGGUUUUGGUCGCAGCGGUGGUGGUGGUGGUUAUGGUCGUGGCGGCGGUGGAGGUUCCAACUGGAAUCGCUUUGGUGGUCGAGGAGGUGGUGGAAACCGUAGAUUCUAAGGACUUUUAGUACUAUUUAUCAUAUUCUCAAAUAUGUAUGACUUUAUUUAAAAUGAACGAAAUAUCCAAUUACAAAUGAAUUAUCUAAGUUAA